GCCAAGCAAGCAAACUAGCUCACGUGUUGCAAACCCUAGCUUGCGCCAAAACUUAAUCGACGAAAGCACAACCACACCUGCCCGCUAGCUCGACAGCAAUGGAGGUUAAGGUGUUGAGCUCCAAGCUCCUCAAGCCCGCCUACAAUGCCAGUGCCGCGAAGCCGUUCGCCGCCGAGUACAUUCCCCUGUCCAUCUUCGACAGGGUCACGUACAAUAUGCAGAUGGCGAUCAUCUACGCCUUCCCACCGCCGGCCCCGUCCACGGCCGCCAUCGAGAAGGGCCUCGCCACGGUGCUCGCCGAGUACCGCGCGUUCGCGGGGCAGCUCGGCGAGGCCCCCGACGGGACGCCCGCGGUGCUGCUCAAUGACCGCGGCGCGCGGCUCGUGGAGGCGUCCGUGGACGCCGAUCUCGUGGACAUGGCGCCCGCGAAGCCCACGCCGGAGCUGCUGCGCCUGCACCCCGACCUGGAGGAGGAGCUCGAGGAGGUGGUGGUGCUGCAGCUGACGCGGUUCCGGUGCGGCUCCCUAGCCGUCGGGUUCACGUCCAACCACGUCGCGGCCGACGGCCACGCCACCAGCAACUUCCUGGUGGCGUGGGGCCGCGCCACCAGGGGCCUCCCCAUGGGCCUUCCGCCCGUGCACCACCAGGAGGGGCUCUUCAAGCCACGGUCCUCGCCUCGCGUGGAGUACGACCACCGCAACAGGGAGUACUACCGGCCGACGCCCACCGAAAAGCACGGCCACGGCGAGGGCGUCGAGAACAUCGUGAUCCAUAAGGCGCACUUGACAAAGGACUUCAUUGCCGGGCUCCGCGCCAAGGCGUCCGAAGGCCGUGGCCGCCCGUUCAGCCGGUUCGAGACCAUCCUGGCUCACCUGUGGCGCACCAUGACGCGCGCGCGCGGCCUCAACCCGGACGAGACUUCCACGAUCCGCCUGUCCGUGGACGGCCGCCACCGCCUCGGGCUGCCGGCCGAGUACUUCGGCAACCUCGUCCUCUGGGCGUUCCCGACCGCCACGGUGGCGGACCUCCUGAACCGGCCGCUGAAGCACGCGGCGCAGGCGAUCCACGACGAGGUGGCCCGCGUGGACGGCAACUACUUCCAGUCGUUCAUCGACUUCGCGACCUCCGGCGCCGCGGAGAAGGAGGGGCUGGCGCCGAGCGCGAUCCUCAAGGACGUGCUGUGCCCGAACGGGGAGGUGGACAGCUGGCUGACGUUCCCGUUCUACGAGCUGGACUUCGGCACCGGCAGCCCGACCUACUUCAUGCCGUCCUACUUCCCCACGGAGGGGAUGCUGUUCCUCGUGCCGUCGUACGUCGGCGACGGCAGCGUCGACGCCUUCGUGCCCGUCUUCCAGCACAACCUCGAGGCCUUCAAAGAGUGCUGCUAUUCCAUGGAGUAGGUCGGAAAUGCACCAAACGUCUCACAAAUUAAUUAUAAGGACGGGUCAACAAAAACUAACCCCCAAAAAAGAUUCUUCUUCUUCUUCUUCUUCAGUUAUUUAGUUUUUUGAGAUGCUCGAUUGCAUUUCGUAUCGGUCGAGUC